UCCAAUAGAUGGAGUUAUUAUUUGAUGUGCCAUUAUGUAUGGUCACUUGUAUCUUAGAGGUAAUUUGACAGCUCAGCGAUUCAUUCAGGAAAUUAUAGAACUUCAAAAUCGAGUAUCCCAACAGGAUAAUACCUAGUUCCAUAUUGCGAGAGAUACUUUGAAUUAUUUCCGACAUUGCGAUAUAAAUUUUUUACAAUGGCCAUUAGGAUCUCCGGAUUUAUUAAAAAUUAAACUCGCAUGGGACGUUCUAAGCGGACUUUGGAAGUUCAGCUAUUCCUUUGGCGAAGCUUCAGUGUCAAGUAGAAUUAUUGUCCAGGUGAGUCCGUGAGUGUCUGGAUCAAUCUCAUCACUACCAUCAUCAUCAUACACAUUAGUAAUUAAAAACAAAUUAUACUAAUCUCUAUUAUCCCAAACUCUACACUAAAAACCAAACAAAUCUCACCACUGGAUUUAUCUAUUUAUUUUCUAUGCCAUUGAGUGUACAAAUCGUUAAAUAACGGUAGAAAAUUUGCAACUGUGAUUAUUUGAUUUAACGGUUUAAAUCUUGCGUGGCAAAAAAACAAACAACAGCCCGGCAAAACUAAACAGAACUCUAAUAAUUCCGAUAAAACCCAGAGUGCAUUAGCAUAUUGCGAAACUUUCAGUCAUUACAAAGUUUCGGUCGGAAUGGCUUUAGGGCCAACAUAAACGAUGUUUUGCAAGUCGCGAAUUUGAAAUAUCGAUGCAAUACGUUACGCUCGCCCCGUUUUUAUUGCCAAUGGAAAACGGUCGCUUUAAGUAAAGACAGUUUCCCGAAGUGUCCGGAAGAAAAUUUAAAGUGUGCAACUCCUGACAUUGGCCUGUUUAUACUGUUGCUCGUCGAGUUUUUUUUUUUUCCUUCGUUUUGAUGUAUCGUCGAAACAUCGAUACUUCCGAACGAUUAUGUAAACAAUGCAGCGUGACGACGACUUUCCAAAAUUGAAAAAUAGAUUGCGUUAUACUGAUAGAAUUUAAUGCAGCAAAGUUUAGACGCAAAGUUAGCGGUUACGUGCGCGGAAUAUUUCCCGCAUAAAAAUAAAAUUACAACCGAUUGGUUGCGGCGACGAAACUGACAAAAACUUCAAAAUGACAUAAACAUAAACGAGAUUUCGCUAACAUGGAUGGGCAGGUUGGAAAUUCAAGUGGGAAUUCGAUAUUGGAAACAAUGGGCACCCAUUACAUUCUCGCCAAUGUCGUAAUAGCAGCAAUAAUUUUGAUUGUCGUGAUCGUGGCCGAAUAUUUCCGGGACACCACGGCUCUGGUACCUCACCUGCCCAAAAUGAAACGGCAGGAUUUCACGCUGGACGAGCUCAAAAAGUACAACGGGAAGCGUCGGAAGAGGAUAUUGAUAGCCGUGGAUGGGUACGUCUUCGACGUUACCAAAGACCAAAACCUGUACGGUCCGAAUGGUCCGUACGAGUCGUUCGCAGGUAGGGACGCUUCCAGAGGCCUGGCAACGUUCAACACUCUCAACGUUAAAAUUGACGAAUACGACGAUCUUCGUGAUUUUACCUUUGAUCAAAUGGACGAUGUGAGAGAGUGGGGCAUUCAAUUUAGGGAAACGUAUGAUGUGGUCGGAAGGCUCAUAAGGCCCUGGGAGUCACGCAAUAAUUACACUGACGAACAAUCUGCCCCAAUCAAUACCCAAGAUCAUGAACAUUAUCAAUAAACAUUUAAUGGCUGAUAAAAUAUAAGAUUACAAUCUUUUAUAUUUGUUUUGCUUGAGUUAGUGUUUCAAAUAGAAGUAGUCUAAAAAUAAUAAAUGUUAGCAGAAGCAGAAUUAUUUAAAAAAUCAAAUUAAUCAAAUAAAAUUAAUUUAAUUGAAAACAGAAUAUUAACAGAUAUAUUUUUCCAAUCACUACUUCCACCUUUGCUCUACGAACAGCUUCUACCGUCCUUGACGUACUUAAUAUUAAUGAACGAAUGAAUUCUUGCUCCAUAGUUCGCCAUUCUUCUCCAAGAGCAUUAGCAAACUCCUUCAAAUUUUGAGGCUGGUAUCCAAUGUAAAUUUGGUUAAAUAACU